AGUAUACCGUAGGCAGUUUAAUGGCCUGCUCUUUAAUAUUGAGGUAGCUGGCCUUGACUUGAACAGAAGCAAGCAGUGUGGAGUGAAGUAAGACUGAUGUAAACGCUAGACUUUUUAGUAACAAAACCCUGAGAUCUAAUGGAGCUAAUAGCUGUAGUUAGAAUACUAAAAUUCAACUGUAGAUAAUACAUUACAUUGUAAGUAUUCCUUUAUAUGUUGUGAUAUAGUGCAGGUAUGGGAAAGUCUAUUUAACCUUUUGCUAGAUAGCAGGACUUAAAUACGAAUUCAUUUUUUUAAAGUAUCUAUCUUUUUUCAAAUACAAAAACGUAGACACUCCCCAAAACAGAACACUUUCUAUUUUGGAUUUUUGAGUGUGCUGAUUUCGACAUGUUUCAGAAUUCAGUGAAAUUUCUCUGGUGAUUUUGUCAUAUUUGUAAUUUUUGUCAUUUUAACAAAAGGUUUUUUAAGGCCUUAAGCUCUUUAUAGGUAGCUUGGCAGAGAGGUGCUUAGACCAUAAAUUUUUUGUUUGUCUGUUUUUAUCCACCUGUAAAGUAAAUUCUCUACAAAUGUGCAUAUGAAAUGAUACACUCCAGUUGACUUUGAGGCUGUACUGUUUGUGCAUUCACGAAGAAGUAUUUUAAGUUAAAUAAGAGGAGAAUGGCUCUUCAAACUUCAUUCUAAUAUGUUGCUCAUAAGUUUUAUUCAGUUCAUUUCUGUCCAUGUGCAAGAACCUCACCCAGUAUAUCAAUCAGACCAUUCAUCCUUUAUAAGUGGAGAAAUACUGUAGACUAGUAAAGCUUAAUACAGCUGUUUCAGAUCAUGCUCUCUGUGUUGGGAUUAGGAGGUAGACUUCUUACUGCCUGUGUUUUGUAGGGUUCUACAAAUGCCAAAGAGCUCUCUGCAAAAGGUGUGAAGAUUUGGGAUGCUAAUGGGUCACGGGAGUUCCUGGAUAAGCAGGGUUUCAGCACCAGAGAGGAGGGGGAUUUGGGACCAGUUUAUGGUUUCCAGUGGAGGCACUUUGGAGCAGAAUACAAAGAUAUGCACACAGUGGAACUGGUUCAUUAAACUUACUCUGAAGUGUCUUGAGGGCUCUUUUUAAGUCUCUGAAGGAGAGGUUGCAGAAAACAUUUACAGGACUGCCAUCAAAAAAAGAUUGUCCCUAUUUUUUGGUGUGAUUUUUAACUUGGAUUAGCAACAUGAUUACUCUAACCAAGGAGUUGAUCAGUUGCAAAAAGUGAUUGAAACAAUCAAAACCAAUCCAGAUGACAGAAGAAUCAUUAUGUGUGCUUGGAAUCCCAAAGAUAUUUCUCUGAUGGCUUUGCCUCCAUGCCAUGCUCUUUGCCAGUUCUAUGUUCUAAAUGGUGAAUUGUCUUGCCAACUCUACCAAAGGUCUGGAGAUAUGGGACUAGGAGUGCCUUUCAAUAUUGCCAGCUAUUCGCUGCUCACAUACAUGAUUGCCCAUGUCACAGGGCUAAAGCCUGGAGAGUUUAUACACACAUUAGGAGAUGCUCACAUAUAUCUGAAUCAUGUGGAACCUCUAAAAGUUCAACUUCAGAGGGAGCCAAGACCUUUCCCCAAACUCAGAAUUCUUCGUAAGGUUGAAGACAUCUGUGACUUUAAGGCAGAAGACUUUCAGAUUGAAGAUUAUAAUCCUCAUCCACCUAUUAAAAUGGAGAUGGCUGUUUAAUGCUAUAAACCAGGUUCUAUUAAUGUGGAAAUGUACCUAAGCUACUUAGCUUUCUCCAUACUGAAAGUUAUGGGGUAUUUGUAUAAUUCAAAAAGAUACUUUAUUACUGAAAAAGAAAUGGAUACUAGUACACCAGUAACUGCCUUCAGUAUUAUACUGUAGUCACACAGAACAGAUGAUUAUUUAUUCCUGCUGUACUAUGCAGAUGCUAACCCAGUUUUAAUUAAUUACUGAAGUAGUUUUCUACAGUUUGUUACCACUGGCUGCUUCUGUUACCAUUCAGUUGCUGUGUGUGAGUAGCACUGGCUUACAUGCUUUAUUUAGUACUGAAAGUAAGAAAUUUUAUGUGUGAUUGAGGAUUCUUUGAAGGUUGUAGAACUCUUUGAAUAUGUUCUAAAGAGCAUAUGUUAAAUAAAGCUUUUUUAAAAAAAUCUGGAAGGGAUGAUGCAUAUUUAAUUUACAUGUUUGUUUAUAGAUAGCAGUAAAUAAGAGUUGAAAAGGAAAGGUAAAUUCUAUUUUACUUUAGGAUCUUGGAGGGUGAGAUCUAGCAAGGGAAAACAAACUCAAAUUUGCCAUGGUCUUCAUAGAUGAACCAGAGGAAGGUGAAAGAUCUUAAUGGAACCUUGCCUGAAAUGCAAUCUCUUCAUAACAUCUCUGUAUCAGCAUUUUUUCUUUAUUCUCCAAUCCUACAUGAAUGAUGAAUUUGAUACCCACAGCUUUGUUUGAUUUAUAAACUGAGGUUACCAGAUAGCAGUAAUCUCUCUGUCAUCAUGUAAAACCAGAUCACACAAACAUAAGGACUAAUUUUGCAGCCUGGAAUAGUAAAAGUUAGAGUUAGUAGUAUUUGUCGGUUCGGAGGUUACUAAUCAAAUCUUGGCAGAAUUCAGCUUUCAUCUCUUCUUAUCCUUGCAACUUCUGCAGUAACUUCAGUCUUUA